UCUGAAGGCUGACCCGUUCCAGUUGCUAUAGAUUUACAGUGUGGUCAAUUGUGAAAAUGACGCCAUUGUGGCUCCACGGCAGUACCAGAGGCUGCGCUAUUCUGUACGCUACUGACAGAGCCAGAAUGGAAACCAAAGGGAUGUAGUUUCACGACCCCCAGCGAAUUUCUGCACGCCCUGGUUGCUAGGAGGCGGGGAUGGUUGAUUUGCAGGACAGCGCCUGCUUUGACAGUCUGGCACAAGGCAACCGUGUAUUUAAAGGUGGUGAAGGAUUACAAUCGGGUUAUAUUAGGUCUCUGUUAUCACCUUAGCUAGACCGUUUAAAUUCACAUUUCGCAACUGGGGAGAAAAGAUAGCCUUGUUUUGCUUUGCCUAAAUCCAAAUGGCGACUGAAUGCACUCAGGACUCGGUUUUGCGAUUUCUGUCUGAGAGGGGGGGUAAAGUGAGCAACGCGGAGUUGAUCGACCACUUCAAGCCGUUUCUAUCCGGCGGCCCCCCCGAGAAAGCGGCGGCCAGGGACAUGUUCAAGGGGUUCGUGGACAACGUGGGCUUCGUCAAGCAGGAAAACGGAGCCAAGUACGUGGUGCUGAGAAAGAAGUACCGGGACUCGGUGCAACGGCGCGCCGGGGAGGUGGAGGACAGGGUCCCGGGACAGGGCGAUCGAGAGCCCCGCCGGGAUGGCCCGGUCGGAGCCCGGCGAUCGUGUGAGAUGCAUGCCGAUACCUGCUCGGCUCCCGACGCUGAGCCCCGUUUGAAACCCGCCGCGGAUGUAAAUCAAAGCGCCUCACCUGGCUCAGGUUACAGAGCUGUCAAUCGGGACGCCGGGGGAGGACGGGCGGCGAGGAAUCGGGAAGCUGAUAAUAACUCAACUUCGGCUGCGUUUGGGCAGGCUGCUGCUCCCGCCGUGUCUCCCACCGGCCCAUCCGUCCCCAAACUCGUCGUUUCGGAGGAGAGAGAAAUGGGCAACGCUGAGACCGCCCGCGCUGGAAAGGACGGGACUAGCGGUCGUUAUCCCAGUAAGAAAAACAAGGGAAAAGCUCCAGAUAUGCGGAUACCGCACAUCGCCGUGACCGGGCCGUCUCCUUUGCCCGCGGCUGACGAAGAGACGGUUUUCAGCCUGCCGGUGCCUGAAAUCUCAGGAGCGCAAAACGCCCAGUCUUUCGGACAAGGUAACGCGUCUUCCAGCUGGCCAGCGCGCAGACACUCAACCGGGGGCGGGCGUGGGAGUUUGACAGAAGUCGAUCAAGUAAAGGACUUGGCCCCCCGCGCUCACCAGGAGGCGGCGAAGGACGGAAAAGCCUGCCCGAAUGGGGGCGAGGGGCACGUUGACCCCGGGGCCGGCCAAGAGCUGCCCUCCACACAGGCGACAAGUCGUCGGCGGGCCUCUCGGGGCUCGCAGCGCGGCUUGCUGUCUAGUCAUCCCUCAGACGACGGGGCGGAUGAAGGUCAGCCGUGCGACACCAUCAGCGCGUCGGGCAGCGACUGCAACACCCCGAAGAGCAGCAGGAAAAACUUCAUCGAGCUCAUGAUGAGCAGCUCGCCGCAGCUCCGGCGCAGCAUGGUUCACAAGAACCCCGGGUCCCUGCUGGCCCGGCACCGGGACUCCGUGAGAAGCGACAGCGACUCGGCCUCCCUGGUGUCCUCCGUGGACGAAGACAGUGGCUCGGUGUCCCUGGAUCCCCUGGAGCACGAGUGGAUGAUGUGCGCCUCCGAUGGGCAGUGGGAGAGCCUCCACCGCCUGCUCGCCUGCGACCCCAACCUCGUCGCCAAGAAAGACUUCGUCACGGGUUUCACCUGCCUGCACUGGGCUGCCAAACAGGGCAAGCAGGAGCUGAUGGCGCUGCUGGUUAACUUUGCCAAGCAGCACGCUGUGCCCCUGAACAUCAACUGCCGCUCCAGCGCCGGCUACACGCCCCUACACCUGGCCGCCAUGCACGACCACGUAGAGGUGGUGAAGUUACUCGUGGGCGCCUACGACGCGGACGUGGAAGCCAGGGACUACAGCGGGAAAAAGCCGUGGCAGUACCUGGGCGGGGGUGUGGACGAAGACAUAAAGGAGAUCGUGGGGGCGAGCGGGGACUCGGACGCCGAAAACGCCGACAUCGGAGCCGGACGCUGGAGGCUGUCCAAGGUCCUCCCUUCCAACCUGAUGCCGCUCAAGCUGCUCAACCUCCCAGAAGAAGACGUGUGUGACGUCGGAGGGCCAGGAAAGGCCAAGUCGGUGCACAGGAAAACGUCGAUGAGCAGGAUUAAACCCAGGCUACACAAAAUCCGAUUUAAAACGCAAAUUAUUCACAGCACCUCUUUGAGAGAGACGGAAGAAGGAGAGCUGGCUCUGAAAAGCCCCGGAAAGUCUAGACCCAAGUCGACUCUGUUUGGGUGAAGCUGAUGCGGUUGUUUUGAGAGUUGAAUGGCACUGCCGCUGCAAUAAUGUAUUGUGGAGAAGAUGAAUGUACUAAUUCCAUUACCAGGCUACUGGAGUGGAACCAGAGAUUGAGGCAAUCGCGUUUUCAGCAGUAUUUACAUGGUUACACGAUGGGAUAAGUACUUACACAUUUAUUUUUCACUGCCUGCUUAAACUUGGAAAUACAUUCUCAAGUUGGCAGUGAACAGAUAAUGGUGUAUUGGAGAGAAUACAUUGUGCAUUGCAGAAUGUUUUCCGUACACAAGGCAAUUAGUCUAAAAUUGUAAUUUGCUAGAAGUGUCUUGUGUAUUCCCUGUGCUUCAGGAACACAAGAGCACACUAUAAGGUAGAGAACAUGCAAUUAGGGUAAGGUUAACUAUUGUGUUUUGUACAUAUUAGGAUUACACAUUUCAGUUUGGGAACAACAGCUGGUGUCUAGGUUUUAUUUAUGUUGCCAAGUUUCAUGUAGGCUUAGGGGUAUGGUUGAUCAUCUUCUCAUACUGAAGAGCCUGCCAUCGGUUUUGCUGAUGAUUGAAAGAUUUCAAAAUGAGCCCUUUUGUGUUACUUUACAGCACCCUUUUAGUUUUCGUUGUGGUUUUUGCACAUGACACAAUGAAGUUGAAAAGUUGUUAAUUGUGAAAAUUUCACAACUCCCAAAUGAGUGAUCAUUUGUGUUCUUGCUUGUUCAAUAUUCCGGUACAAAUAUGUUAAAAAGAUGACAUUAUAGAGGGGGCCCUUUUGUGCACCAGUGGUUUGAUAGAUUCUCUGAUACUGUAGCUUAGUGCAGGCAUGUGAUAAGAUAUAGAAGAAUAAAGUAAUAUACAGCGACAUGAAGAUGCAUUUGAUGUGGGGAAAAAUACUGCCGAGCAAAAUUUCUUUUCAAACUCCCCCCCCCCCACUUGUUUAGAAUAAGGAAAUGCUGAAAACCAGAAAUAGUGGUUCCUUUUUGGUUAGAAUGAGAAUUUGCUUACUUUUAUGUACUUGCCUGAUUUAGUAUGACUGGUAAGCCAUGCGCUGUUACAAAAGGUGAGUUUGAAAUGACCCUGUAAAAGCUCCAGUCUAUUGCCUGUUCCUAGUCCUUUCACUUGUGCUGCCUGUGUUUGCCCCUGUAAUCUAAAUUGUGUUCUGAGGCUGCUGCACUGAUGUACACAGUACAGGGUGGAACAUUAGAUCUUGCCCAUCAAUCUUUGGGUGGAGAAAGGAAAAACAGUGAGCACUUAAUAAUUAGCAGUGCUAAUUCCCAAUGUCUCUACUAGAUCUUUGUACUUUAUGAUCUCUGCAAAAUGGGGUAUUUACUGUUUAGUCAUAAAGUACACGCUCAUGUUAUGAUAUUGACAAAACAGGCACCUGUUUUAAAGUAAGCCUACGUCUUUGGGGGAUGUUUGUGUUCCUGUUCUAUGUUUCAUAGUUUCUGCUUUUUCGUGUGAGCUGCUGAUUUAUUAUUUUCAAGCUUACUAUCUUAAAAAAUGAAUGUUCCCUUCCCUUCUCUACUGCCAGCAGUAAACAUAGAAGCUGCUAUUACCUUAAGGUACGUUAGUGCUUAAAAAGCAUUUAAUCAAAAUAAAGGCCCUGUUUUAAGGUGCUGCAAAGAUGCUGCUA